CAAAGUGUUGUAUCCAUUGGUUUCCCCGCCGAAGACAUGGCCUUAAGAUAAACGAUUGACAACCAGAGUGUGAGUCAUAUCACUGCCAUUCGCGAGACAAGCAUCACAUCCGCGGCCGAAGACAAGCCGAAGCCAUGCCGUCGACAACCGCCCCGACGACCAACAAUAUCGGUCUACCGAUCGGUAUCCGAGUGUUUGGUCUCCACCGACGCCUCCAACUGUCCCACUAUCGGGUCCUCGUUCUGGUCCUCACGUUCUUCUCCUAUACGGCAUACCAUCUCUCGCGACGACCCCUGAGUGUCGUGAAGAAUGUGUUGAGCCGUAACUGUUCCCAAAUGGUGAUCCCGCCGGACGUGAUCCUCACCAACACUACCCAGAACAAUUGGUGUGAUUGGCAGCCAUUCAACGGAACCGAUGCCAACACACUAUUAGGUCUUCUGGACUCGAGUUUCCUCUUCUCUUACGCCAUAUUUAUGUUUUUCUCGGGAUUUGUGGCCGAAAGAUGUCAUUUGCGAUAUUUCCUAUCACUGGGAAUGUUAUUGAGUGGACUCUUCACGUAUGCCUUUGGCAUUGCCUUCUACUACGACAUCCAUUCCUUCUACUAUUUUAUAUUUAUUCAAAUCAUAUGCGGUGCUCUUCAGACAACGGGUUGGCCGGCAGUGGUCUCAUCGGUGGGCAAUUGGUUUGGAAAGGGCUCCCGAGGGCUCAUAUUUGGCAUUUGGAAUUCGCACACAAAUGUGGGCAACAUUUUGGGCGCUGUUAUCGCCGGUUAUUUCGUUGAAUACAAUUGGGGCCUCAGUUUCAUAGCGCCGGCCAUUUUCAUUAGUAUUGCCGGCUUUACGCUCUUCCUAUUCUUCACUCCAUAUCCCGAAGAAGUGGGCAUUUCUUCCUUUGAUAUCGACAGUAACACCAAUCGAAGAACGAGAGAACCAUUUGACAGCAUUAGGGAAACCAGUGGUUAUACCGACAAUAAUGAGAGCAUAUCGUCGACGUGUUCGUCGGCAUCGGCGCCGACA